GCUGAACGUGACGCGCUGACUCGGAGCGGAGCGAGGUUUCCUGGCGGAGCUGCGGAGGGAGCAGUAGCCUGUCUGUCCGUGUGUCUGUCUGCCUGCCUGCCCGCCGCAGUCUCCUGUCUGUCUGGGGGACACAGAGAGAGAGAGAGAGAGGGGGAGAGAGAGGGAGAGAGAAAAAACCCUCCUCUUUUCAGGCUUCCACGGUCCGGACACGGCAUCAGCGGCUAUGGAUGCAUCGCUGUCCUCCUCCCGCUUUCACCGCUAAGGGGACGUUACUCCGUCGGAUGCUCCAGCGCCCAUAGAGGAGGGAGGAGGAGGAGGAGGAAGGGAGGAAGGAAGGGAGGACGGGAGGAAAGGAAGGAAGGAAAAAAAAAGGGGGAGGGGGGGCAUCCCUAUCAUUCUUCGACUACCAGGCUGACUCACCGCUGGAGCCGCCUGAACAUAGAAGAAGUUUGUGAGAGAACGAGGGAGCGAGGAAACCUGUGAGACAGCGAGCGUGAAGGAGGGGAGGGUAGAGAGAGGAGGAGAGUAAAAAAAAAUAAAAACUAAAAGAGGUGAGGAAGACGAGGAGGGGAGUGAGAUCCGAAGACAAGCAAGAGAAAGUCAGGUUGGGUCGGCAGGGGCGAGAGGAGGAAAUUAAAAGUGAAAGAAAAGAAAAGAGAAAGAUAAAGAGAGACACAACAGACUCAUACAGCUCAGUGGGGAACAAGUUGACAGAUCUGAGGUCAGGCGCAGGUAGGCGCAGGUGGGUUGGAGGUCGGAGGUCAAGCGGUCAGACGGAGAGGCUGACUGAGCUUCAGCUGCCCCCCCACAACAGCUGUCCCUUCACCGUCACCACACUGGGAGAACUGGGAGAACUGGUGACGAGGAGAAGCCACCAUGAGCGACCAGAACGUCGUCAAGGAAGGCUGGGUCCAGAAAAGAGGUGAGUACAUCAAGAACUGGCGACCGCGCUACUUUCUGCUGAAGACAGACGGCUCUUUCAUCGGCUACAAGGACAAGCCACAGGACUCUGACCUGGCCUACCCGCUCAACAACUUCUCCGUAGCAAAAUGUCAGCUGAUGAAGACGGAGCGGCCAAAGCCGAACACCUUCAUCAUUCGCUGUCUGCAGUGGACCACUGUCAUAGAGAGGACUUUUCACGUCGACACUCCUGAUGAGAGGGACGAGUGGGCCGAGGCCAUCCAGACGGUGGCUGAGUCUCUGGCCAAGCAGGAGGAGGAGGGCAUCCUGUGCAGCCCCACCUCCCAGAUAGAGAACGUCAACGAGGAGGAGAUGGACACCUCCAUCAGCCACUACAAACGAAAGACAAUGAAUGACUUUGACUAUCUGAAGCUUCUGGGCAAAGGCACUUUUGGAAAAGUCAUUCUGGUGAGGGAGAAGGCGAGUGGCACCUACUAUGCCAUGAAGAUCCUAAAGAAGGAAGUCAUCAUAGCCAAGGAUGAAGUUGCUCACACACUCACAGAAAGUAGGGUAUUAAAAAACACUCGGCAUCCGUUCCUAACUUCUCUGAAGUACUCGUUCCAGACUAAGGAUCGGCUGUGCUUUGUAAUGGAGUACGUCAACGGAGGAGAGCUGUUUUUCCAUUUGUCAAGAGAAAGAGUUUUUUCGGAGGACCGCACUCGUUUCUACGGCGCUGAGAUCGUAUCCGCUCUAGACUACCUACAUUCUGCCAAGAUCGUCUAUCGUGAUCUGAAGCUUGAGAACCUCAUGUUGGACAAGGACGGCCACAUCAAGAUCACCGACUUUGGCCUCUGCAAAGAAGGCAUUACCGACACUGCCACCAUGAAGACCUUCUGUGGAACACCGGAGUACCUGGCUCCUGAGGUGCUGGAGGACAACGACUAUGGGCGGGCGGUGGACUGGUGGGGUUUGGGCGUGGUGACGUACGAGAUGAUGUGUGGCCGCCUGCCGUUCUACAACCAGGACCACGAGAAGCUGUUCGAGCUCAUCCUCAUGGAGGAGAUCAAGUUCCCACGAACCCUGUCGGCCGACGCCAAGUCGCUGCUGUCAGGGCUGCUCAUCAAGGACCCCAACAAACGGCUGGGCGGCGGACCGGAUGACGCUAAGGAGAUCAUGCGACACAGUUUCUUUGGCACAAUCGACUGGCAGGACGUCUACGACAAGAAGCUGGUCCCACCCUUCCAGCCCCAGGUCUCCUCGGAGACGGACACACGCUACUUUGACGAGGAGUUCACAGCACAGACCAUCACCAUCACUCCGCCAGAAAAAUAUGAUGAGGACGGGAUGGACGCGGCAGACAACGAGCGAAGGCCUCAUUUCCCACAGUUCUCCUACUCAGCCAGCGGGCGGGAGUGAGCGCUCCAGCCCAGCCAGCCAGUAUCGUCCCCAUUCGUGGCCAUUUUGAGGAAAACACGUAGCCAUUUUAGGAAAAAAAAAAAAAAAAAAUACCAGUCUCCCCUCUUUUUCUCCUUCUCUGCCUCCUCACAGACGGGGAGAAGUCUUUUUAGGGACUUUAAAAGAGGUUUUUGCACAGUGGGAUAGACUCCAGCCGGUCUCCCCACACUAAAAAAUAAGUCUCCUACAUUUUCAGCGCUAUUUACUGCAGAAGGCAAUGUUUUUGUUAUUUAUUUUUUUCUCUCCGUCAGUAUUAAGUUGUCGACCCGGGUUGCGUUCGUUUUUUUUUUUUUGUUUGUUUGUUUGUUUGUUGUUUCUGCCCUUUUUUCUUCUUCUUCUUCUUUUGACUUUUUUGCACUUGGUUUGGAAGAGCCGUUUUAGGGAACAAAAAACCAAAAAUGUUGCCUUACGUGUGCAGAUGUUUCGUAUCAUACCGACAGGGUGUUUUUUUUUUUGUUUGUUGUUUUUCCGGGAGAGGGCGGGCGGGUUUUGGGGUUGUGAGGGGUCAUUCUUAGUUGAGAAUAAGUGCAUGGCUCGUGGUUCACUCAAAAAAAAAAAAAUUACAAAAAAAAAUAUUUUCUUUCUCAUACAUUUGCCAUGGCAGCGCACAUUCCCCAAUCCCAUGGCAAUGAAAAUCACUGUCUACAGGUCAACAGAAAAAGACAAAAAACCACAAAAACAAAAACAAAAGAAAGACAGAAAACGAGAAUGGACGAGUCUGUAUCAUUCCUUUCAUCGUUGCAGUGUUACUACUUUGCUCUUGUAUUUGUUUUUUUUCAACCCAUGUGUUUUUUUUUUUUCUUCUCUCGCGCUUUACUUCUAGGUUGUUCUUUUAUUUUGAAAACAGGAAACACUAAACUGCCAGAAACUGCACAGUUCACUCAGGCGCCACAGAGCACAACCGCGUUCAAACUCAGCUAACCGCUCCAGCUUUCCACAGCCGGCAGGGGAACGAGGCCUUUUCUCUGCUUUCUCACCGCUUCUUCUCCUCCUCCUCCUCCUCCUCCUCCUCCUCCUCUUCCUCCUCUUCACUUCCUCCGCUCUUCUGUUUCCUCAUCGUAGCUGUAGGACUAGUGGAAUGGGUGUUUACACAGGGAAAUGUGGCUUAAUGUAUGUAUGUAAUGUAUGUAUGUACUGUACGUAUGUGGGACAUGGGGGUGGGGUCAACUUUAUGCUGUCAUAGCACACACACACACAUAGUAUACAUAUAUAUAUAUAUAUAUACACACACACACACUCAGAAACAGGAAACAGCUCUACGUUUCCUGUACUGGUCGGAUUGAAGUCGGCAGUUUUCUCCAAACAAAACUGGAUUUGGUUUGAUUUGACGUCAGGUGAAGCUGAGGACGUUUAGUCUCAACUUCUACAAAAAUGUGUACAAAAAUCCAUACGGACUCCUUAAGGAGCGCGUACGACACGUUACAAGACUAUAAGUCUUCUGCUUGUUUGUUAAAGCUUAAACCCGACAGAGAGGCAGUGAACUCGCACAAGUCAUGUGAACUAAAUCCACAUCAGUCAGGACCCCAAGUUUCUCUAUGGGCGCUAUGAACAGACCAAUAGUUGUCCUGAUGUUUCCGGACAGUAAGAGAGUUUGUUAGGCUGAUUUCCUUUCAGCUCGAGACCUUUCCAGCACCGCAGAGUAAACGUUAUCAUGCUAGUGGAGUAGUUGGGAAAUGAUACCACUCUUGUGUCUGUAUUUAAAGGACCAGUGUGUAGGUUGUAGUGGCAUCUAGUGGGGAAGUUAUACAGCUCGGGCUUCUCGGCGUGCAGGCGGAACUACGGUCGCUGUGAAACUCGUGAAGAAGGCCGCGUCUAGAGCCGGUGUUUGGUUUGUCUGUUCUGGGCUACUGUAGGAACAAGGUGGUUCAACAUGGCGGACUCUGUAGAUAAAAAUGGCACAAUGAACACUUGGCGUUGGGGCCUGGAGGUGAUUAGAUUAGCUUAACAGAAAGACUGAAAUCAAAGGGAAAAACCGCUAACCUCUCCUAAAGUUCAAAAAUACAUCUGUCAACUUGUCUGAAAGCUGAUUUUGUCCUCGUUGUUCUUAAAGCUCACCAACCCGUUCAAAUACUAAACCAUAAUGAAACCGUCUCGUAGUUUCAGUGCAGUUGCAUCCAUUCUGUGAGGCUCACUGCUAAAGGAACAGGCAUCCAGUGUUUAUACCUAAAUCGGAGUUGUGUGUGUAUUGAAGUGAUGGUCGUGUACGUGUAAUAAUGUUUAUGCAGCUGCUGUUCGAUCGUGGAAGUAUUUCAAGCAAACAAUAAAUACGACAAGCAUAGACCGGAGUAGAGCGCUGCACAGGUCCACUCGCUUCCUUGCAACCGAAACCCCAGUGCGGCCGGGCCCAAAGUUAAUUUGGUCUUUUCAAGUAGGUUAGGGUCCUGUUGCACAGUAUGUGGUGAAGAUAAGUUUGGGAAACCUCUAGGCCAGACUACAACCCCUGGCAGCAGUAGGUCCAGCUACAACUACAACUAAUGUAUCAGCACAAACGUAGUGAGUCCUGUCCUCUAAUGGUCCGAGAGGUGCACAACACUAUGAAGUCACUGCGUUUCAUUUGUUUUCUGGAGAAUACUGCCAACUUACAUCUGUUCUGCAGAAACCGGUUCACACUCUUCAGGGUUCCCGCACACGUCCCGGAAAGGUUCAGAGGAAGAAUUUGGUGAUUUCCAGGUCUUAAAAAGCUAUUUGCAAUUGCGAAAGAUUUUUGGAAAAUGGUUGUUUUCUGAUGCCUUGUCAUCUCAUACUCUUGAAGUUCAUGUGUAAAAGUGGAUGAAAUAGGUCAGAGAAAUACGAAACAUAUCGGAACAGUGAGUAAAACCGCGAAGUCUAGUUUGGAUCUUUGUGCAACUGUGUGGGAACCCUGAUGGCAGACACACACACACACACUUACACACAAGGUUUUCAUUCAUAUUCACACGCAGACACAGAUACACAAAGACUGUUUUUAGACGAUAAAUCAGAGUGAAGAGAGUUUAAUUCAUCAUGGGGACAACUAACAGAAACAAGGCUUCCAGCUCCAGACACAGGGCUUCUCUCCCUGCCCAUCCUGUCAGUAUUGUGAGAAGAAAAAUUUAUAUACACACGUUUUUAAAAUCUGAACCGAGGGGUAUCAAUAAAUCACUAAUCAUGUCACAGAUCACGAGAAAACUGAGCCGUGAGACACUCAAGUAUGAAGACUGUGAGGACUGCCAGAAAAAAGUCGAGUCGCCCAAACUUCUUGAUGUAAAUAUGCAAUGCCUUUUUUUUUCUUGUUUUUUUUUUUUUUUUGUCUUUAGUGGCAUCUUGACAGACGAGACAUAAACUUUUUCUUUGUUUUUCUGUGUGACUGUACUUCAAAAGCUUGCUGAUGAGAAUAGUGACCGAAAAAAAAAAAAAAAUACAACCAACCACCGCAAACGACUCAAAACCUGCAUUCAAGAAAAGAAAAACUAAAAGAAGGAAUAAAAAAAAAAAAACUAAAUAAAGACAGCGUCAAAAGACUGGACCCUUCCAUCGAUUCUUCUACUUUUCUCGGAUUGAUACACCGACUCAACUUAUCCAUGGAGGAUGUUUCCAUGGAGACAAACCCCCCCCCUUCCUUCCGUCGCCGUGGUCCCCGAAAAUGAUCCGACUCCUGAAUUUCUGUGAGAGGACUAACUGUGGAGUCUGCACUGUCAUUUCUGUCCCCCAUUCACCCUCUUUAAAAAAGAAAAAAGUUAUAAAAAGUGGGAUCAUGGCUGACCUUUUAUUUUUAUUUUUUUGUUGCAGUGCUGGUUUCAUCAGGUUGUUCCAGUCCCAUCAUUCCUUGCUCCUCCUUUCGCUCCUCCUUUUUUUGUACCAUAGUAUUUGUUUUAUUUAUGUUUGUCAUUCUAGGCAGUGUUACCUUGUAUGUCGUUAAAAAAGGCACCUCUUGAAAGUCGCUGAAGAAUGAUGAUGAUGAUGAUGAUUAUGAUGAUGAUGGAUGCAUUAACUGAAGUCUCUUUUUAUUCUUUUAUUUUGUUUUAUUUUAUUUUUUUGAUCGUUUGCUUGUUUGUUUUCUUACCAAAACAUUAGGGCAAGAACCCAGUAGUGGACUUGCAUUGCCGUGGUAGUAUUUAUUUUGAAUUAAAUUAAAAGAAAUACAUUUCAGGGUU